AUGGCUGCCGAGUCCCAGUCACUGAGGUCCAUCGGUAGUAACCGGGCAACCCAGGUAGAACACACCGCGAGACAACUCGACCCAGGCGAUGCUGAAAAGUUUACACCCCCCCGAGCCCCGCCGGAGCCGAUCGAUACGGAAGAACUGUACCAACCGUGGAGUGUCCGCUUCUGGUUGACGCUUCUGUGUAACUUUCUCGCGCUCUUUCUCGUCGCCCUCGACCGAACCAUUAUCGCCACCGCGGUCCCACGCAUAUCGGACGAGUUUCAAGCCUUGGGAGAUAUCGGCUGGUAUGGCUCUGCGUACAUGCUUACAACGGCCUGCGCCCAGCUGAUUUUCGGCCGCAUCUACAAAUUCUACGAUAUGAAGCAGACCUUCCUCACCAGCGUCCUCGUCUUCGAGAUAGGAUCCACGAUAUGUGGCGCCGCCCCUAAUUCGGUCUCGUUCAUUGCCGGCCGUGCCAUCGCCGGCCUUGGCUCCGCCGGCAUCUUUUCUGGCUGCCUCUUAAUCAUGAUUCCCAUGAUCCCCUUGCACCGACGUGCCAUGUCCCAGUCCUUGUUCGGUGUCGUUUUCGGUCUCGCCUCUGUCUUGGGGCCCUUAAUCGGUGGCGGAUUCACAGGCAAGGUCACCUGGCGAUGGUGUUUUUACAUCAAUCUCCCGAUCGGCGCCGCGACCCUGGUUUUCAUGAUCUUUUGUUGGAACCCGCCGGGGAAGGAACGGGAAGAUAAACCGGCCAGCUUCGUGGUUCAGGUCAGACGCUUGGAUCCCCUGGGCAUGAUUUUCUUCCUUCCAGGCGUCGUCUGCCUCUUUAUUGCCUUUCAAUGGGGCGGUUCGAGGUAUGCGUGGGACCAGUGGCGCCCCAUCCUGCUGCUUGUCGUAUUCGCGGUCUGUACGGCGGCGUUCGUUGCUGUCCAGAUCUUGACACCCGACACCGCUUCCGUGCCCCCGAAGGUCAUCACCCAGCGGAGCGUUGCAUUCGGCACAGGUUUCACCUUCUUCUUGGCAGGGUCUAUGUUGAUGCUGGUGUACUACGUACCGGUCUGGUUCCAAACCGUUAAGGAAGUCGAUCCCGUACAAUCAGGCAUCUACACACUCCCUCUUGUGCUGAGCCUAGUCGUUUCCAGCAUAAUGUCCGGCGCCAUCACGCAGAGGAUCGGCUACUACGUCCCAUCGAUGCUCGUCGCACCCGCCAUCAUGACGGUUGGAGAGGGCCUCCUAAGCACUCUUAACCGUGACAGCCCAAGCUCACAUUGGAUCGCCUUCCAAUUCCUUUCCGGGUUUGGUUUAGGAUUUGGGAUGCAAACGGCCGGCCUCGCAGUGCAGACCGUCCUCCCAAAAGACGACGUCAGCACAGGCCUCGCAAUCAACCUUUUUGUCCAGCAACUGGGCGGAGCUGUGUUUACAUCCGUAGGACAAACCAUCAUCACCAACAUGCUGGUUUCAAAACUAUCUGGGGUCCCUGGAUUAAACCCCCAGCUCAUAGUCAGCGAGGGCGUGACGAAGCUGAUUGAGCUGGUUCAGCCGGGGGACGCUCACCUAGUGGUCGCAGCCUACAACGACGCCUGCCGGGCCAUCUUUCUGUCAUCCAUGGGUCUGGCCUUUGCGGCACUGUUUUGCGCAUUCGGCAUGGAAUGGAAAAGCAUAAAGAAGAACAAGAAUAAGGAGAAGCUCGAUGUUCUUGCGCCGACUCCUCCUUCAAACCCUGCAUCGCCGGAGCUGCCGGGAGCCACGAUUCUUAACGGCCAGAACAGGCCCAUGCCCGGAAGACCAUUCUUCGAGAGUGCCAAGGGUGGUAGUAUCCAGUCUAGGGCUUCACGACGCAGUACCGCGGAGGCAAAGUUGGAAGAUGAGCGGAAAGAGGAGGCCCGGAGACACAUGAAAUGGAGGAGCGACAAACGCCCAGCUACGGCAGAAGCUCAAAGACGGAGCGUUUUGACAAAACCGGAUUCAAGCCACGGGCCUAGCUCCAGCCAUAGACAAAGUCAAGGUGCGGAAUCCAGUAAGGAGGAUCUGCUGACUAUAGCACUGCGCGACUGGACUCAGUACACGAAUACGCAAGGAGGGGGACUUGGAAAGCCGAGUCAGUGGCCUAGGUGA